AUGACAAUGGAGUUGGUAUUACUUGUGGCGAUCUCGGUUCUCGUGGGAUUCCAAGAGGCGACGGCGGGUCACGCGCACAGUUUCGCCCAUUUCCACGGGCCAGUAGAGGGACCAGGACACGAGGUUACAGUUCACGACAAACACGGCCACCAUCACGUUGAUUAUAUUGCGCAUCCUAAGUACAAAUUCGCCUAUGGAGUUCAGGAUCAUCACACUGGUGAUUAUCAUGGUCACAAAGAGCAUCGUGAUGGUAAACAUAUUGUCGGCGAGUACACAAUAAAGGAGCCCGGUGGUAAUGUCAGGACGGUUAAAUACUACGUGGACCCACAUGGCGGAUUCUUCGCUGAUGUACACAACUCUAAUGGUAACGACCAUUCUGGCGGAACUUAUGGAGGAUACCACGAUCAUCAUGAUUAUUGA